AUGGGUAGAAAGCAGGAAGGAAAUGGGAUUCGAGCGAAGCUUCAUUCGGCGGGAGUUCAGAUCAAAGUUCUUGAUCAAAAAGGAGUCAUUGAUCUUGGUUCGAUACAGUUAUGGUUUGGCCUUCUGUUCGGCUCUUUUGGAUUUCUUUACGUUUUGUGGCAAUUCUUCAUCGUAGAAACAGACCCAAUGUCCCAUUUUCCCGCCCAUAUGCGUGCCGAGUUUCAAGAUCAAAAACAUCUUUAUGAGCGCUUUGGAGAUCGACAAGGUAUCGCGCGCACUAUAAAUAUCGCGAUGGUAGUGUGUGACCCGACAAAGGUCGACGCUGUUUUUUCAACGAUAAAGAAUAUCGUCUUACUUUCCAUUUCCCCGGUGCAUUUGCUGCUCUUUACUCAAGACGAAGUGAUGAAAAAGCUCAUCCCGGAUGUCGAAAAGUUUUCUUGGAGUGUGCCGGGCCGACUUCAAUUCAGAUUCGAAUUUGCUCAAGAAGAAAUAUUCGGAUACAAAGAAUCGGUUCCCUGCGAGCAGCAAAAGCUCAUGCUCCCAUCUGAGCUACAAAAUCAUGGAUUACCAGCGAUAUUGGUCGUUGGUCCCGAAUUUUUGGUAACAACGAACACGGACGAAAUCUGGAGAGAUGAAAUCAUCGGCCUCGGAGAGAAACAGGCACUUGGAUUAUUCGAGGAUCGACACCAAUUGUCAACAGAUGUUCUUGCAAUUGAUCUAAUCCGUAGCUUGACAAACGACUUGAACGUCACAUGCAAAAAAGAAGAGCCCAAUGAGCGCGGUCCAUGGCACAACUGGAAAGUCUGGAAAGGAAUGCGUGACCAAAAGCCACAGUUGGAAUCUAUUCAAGCUGAAUUACAGCAACUCCGGCACUGCAACCAGGAUAUCGUGAAACGAAUAUCUUACGAAUUUGAGAACGGAAAGUACGGAUUGAGAAAAGUCUUCAACAACCGAGUUUUCGAAGCUCUCCAACAUGCGUUUUUGAAAACAGACAAGGACUUGUCAGAUAAAGCCUUCAACGACCAGGCUUGGGAGAAGUUGGAGAGCUUGGAGCCGAACAAUAUUGAUCGAAAUCUAUUGACUGAUCUUUUGGAAAGAAUCAAAGACGGCUUUCAAACCGCGAUAAAUACUCAAAACGAAAAAAUCAAGCGAAUCGAGGAAGAAGCAAACUUUGUAUAA